AUGCAAGGGUAUUUACAUUGCAAAAAUAUGAGGGACUUAUAUCAAAGGGAACUCAAUGAAGCUAAAAAACAGGCGGAGAUCGAAAGUUAUAUGCUUCGCAAUGGAAUGCUCUAUGGGCAAGAAAAGGAAAUAAAAGAAAUACCUUCUAACAAAUAUUACACGGAUUCGGAAAAGAUAUAUGCUAUUCAAGAGAUCAAAAACUCCAUUAUAGCGUUAGAACGUGACAUAACAAAAUACAUCAAAAUCUUAAAAGCAUUGACCGAGAAAUAUAUUAUCUAUAUGAUGCUAUGCCAUCAUUCUCUGAAUAGUCGGAAGAUUUCGAAGAAUCUGAUAAUUAUAAUUGAAUCAGAUAUACUAUCAGUUAUGGCUAAAAAAUCGAGGAAUAAUAGGCGCAAGACUGCAGAGCCCUUUAUUAUGAGUACAGAACUCAACGCGAAUAUAAGGAAUAUUAAAUGUAUAACAAAGGAAAAAGUAGUUAGCGUUGAAGCAUAUUCAUCUGGUCGAGCGCAGCCAUUCACAGCAGAUGCUUGUGAAGGGGAAUCUCCCACAGAUAUACAAGCGACAUACGGUACGCGUUACAAAAUGAGAUCACUCGAAGUUCGUGAAGAUCAAAAAAAAUUCUUGAUAGAUGACGAAGUUCUUUACGCGAUACCAUUACCGCCAAAAUUGGAGGCUGAUGAGUAUAGGAAUGACUGGGAGGGCUAUGAGGAUGAGAGACGAAUCCGAAAAGCUGAUUAUAAUUACGGUCAAGCUCAGGUAGCAUCGUCCACACUGGAAAUAGAUAUUUUAAGUGAUGAAGAGAGAAUGGUUAAGUAUGACGAAGAGCUAGAAUUAUUUGCUCAAGAAACCGUUCGAAAUGAUGGAGAGAAAUGGGUUAUAUGCGACACCGAUCUACAUGACACAUUAACUAAAUGGCAAAAGGUGAAAGUCCAGCCACGCACUGACCUAGCAUUUUACAACAUUAUAGACAUGACUCCAGGUUCAAACAGCAAUUUCAUACGAUUACUACCCAAAGAUGUAGUAUCAUUGGUGUUAAAGCCCACAUUUCGGGCGGAUUCCGUAAAUAUGUGGACAAAAAUUAUACAAAAACAAGAACUAAUAACACUACAAAAUUUGUUUGGGAGUAUUUUAAACUUCCUAGUAGAGUCGUUUGAAAGAGAAAAUGACUUAGCAGAUUCAAAUCUGUCUGAAUUAGGAUAUCGAGAGACGUUCCUUAUGUCACUAAUAUGUAGUCUAUUCCGGGGGCUUAACCGGGAAAUGAACAUUUUUUUAAGACAAAAUAUGGAAAAAGAUGACGAGGAAGACAGGACAACUGGACGAAAGAUAGAUGUUAUUUGGUCUAUGAAACCAACGGACCUUGAAUUUUCAAUUCGCGAAAUAAGUGGACCACCAAACAAAUAUGAAGUGAUUGUUUAUGAAAUGGCAGUACCAUUCCGAGGAUUAUAUACUUUUAAUGAAAUUCUCCGAUCAAGGCUUCCGACCAAUGACGUUGAAAUUGGACUGUUAACGCGAUCUAUGCCGGCAUUAAUCAAUAUCAAGGAGUUGCUUAAAAAGAGCUUGGACGAUAUAAAAAAAUACAUUAUGGAUGCAUGCACUAGUACACCGGAUGAUGAUAAUACAAACUCAUUUGUUACACACACUGAUUCGACAUCUAAAUCAAAAACGAAAAAAAGGAGCUAA